GUUGCAUCAAGGAAAUACCGUCAAACAUCCGUCAAACAUGGCGGCAUCCUAGCACAUCUUUAGACCAACAGGCUACCUAACAACAUCUUGUUUCGUAAAUUUUGUUGUUGCAUCCGUAGUAUUGUGUGGUGUCAGAGCCGUAGUACGUGUGAUAAGAUGGCUUCGGGCAGCGGAGAAGGUGCAGGUGCGAGGACGUGUGUGGCUCUGCAAGAUCUUACCGGAGAGGAUACGGCUAUUGACAUGACGACCAGUGAAAAGGUUGUUGACCUUCUGAAUCAGGCAGCUCUCAUUGCUACAGAUAGCAAACUCACAGUUCUCAAACAGGUUCAGGAGCUGAUAAUAAACAAAGACCCCUCAUUACUUGACAAUUUCUUAGACGAGAUGAUAGCCUUUCAGACUGACAAGUCAAUGGAAGUUAGAAAAUUUGUCAUUGGCUUCAUUGAGGAAGCAUGUAAAAGAGACAAUGAGCUUCUCCUGAGGCUGAUUGCAAACUUGAACAUGCUUCUUAAAGAUGAGAGUGUGAAUGUGGUGAAGAAGGCCAUUCUGACUCUAACGCAGCUCUAUAGGGUGGCUCUACAGUGGUUGGUGCGUUCCAAGGCCGUGUCGGAGAUGCAGGAGGCAUGCUGGGAUAUGGUGACUCAGAUGAAGGAGGAUGUUUUGGCCCUGUUGGACUUCGACAACGACGGAGUCCGCACGCACGCCAUCAAGUUCACGGAGUCGCUCAUCAUCACCCUCUCUCCCAGGACGUCAGACUCGGACACUCCUAAGAGGCAGGAGGGGGACAUCAGCUUGGACAAAGUUCCCAAAGACCACUCCUACAUUCGCUACGAUACCCUCUGUGAGGAGGGCAAGUCUGCCCUGGAACAGCUUCUGAAGUUCAUGGUCCACCCUGCGAUCACCAGCAUCAACCUGACCACGGCCCUGGGCUCGCUGGCCACCCUGGCCCGCCAGAGACCCAUGUUCAUGUCCAAAGUGGUUCAGGCCUACGAGACGCUACAUGCUAACCUCCCUCCGACCUUGGCCAAGUCCCAAGUGAGUAGUGUGCGUAAGAAUCUCAAGCUCCACCUGGUGGCUGUGCUGCGCCACCCCUGCAGCCUAGAGUUCCAGGGCCAGAUCAGCACUCUGCUGCUGGACCUGGGCAUGUCUCAGAACGAGAUCACCCGGAUCACACCGUCGGUGAGAGAGCAGCGCAAACGACCUCGCCACGAGCCCUACGCCGAGGGCAAGAAGAUCAAGAUCGAACCUACUCUGAUGGAGGACGAUGAAGACAAAGAGGAUCCCGCCCCUCCGUCUGUCUCCAAGCCCUCCUCCGUGCCGGCAGCACAGUCGGCCAUCGACCUCACGGCUCAGUUCCUGCGGCCGCUCCUCUCCCCGGAGAACGUGGCCAAUCUGGUGCUCAUCAGCAUGGUGUACCUGCCAGAUGUCAUGCCCGCUUCCUUCCAGGCCACCUACACACCUGUGGAGUCUGCAGGCACAGACGCCCAGAUCAAACACCUGGCCAGGCUGAUGGCUACACAGAUGACAUCAGCUGGAAUAGGACCAGGACUGGAGCAGUGCAAAGCACGAGAUGAGGACACCGGGAAGGAGGACAACGAAGAAGGAGAAUCGUCCAAUUCCAAAGACUUGCUCAUCAAGCGCAAAGUGUCCCUGGGCCAGGCGAUCUCUGUGGUGGGGGGCUACGACAAGAGCCAGGCCCCCGAGGAGGCCCCCCUGGUGAAGAGACUGCCUGAGCCCAUCGUACCCUCCGCACAGACCAAGGCUCCGGGUGCCAGUGGGAGGAAGAAGGUGUUCCGAUUGGCCGACGUGAUCCAGCCGCUGAGUGAGGCCCAGGUGGAGAAGCUGACCAACAUGGCCGUCAAGCGGAUCCUCAACUCAGAGAAGGCCAUCGCUCAGAGCGGGAUGGCACAUGUGCGCGUCAAGCUUCUGGCCAGGCUGGUGACCCAGUUCGAGGGGAUGAUGAAGGGGAACGUGCUGGAGUUCAUCCUGGAGGACAUACGAGGCCGGAUCGACCUGGCCUUCUCCCUCCUCUACCAGGAGUACAACAGCUACAUCAGCAAGCAGCCAACAGGCCUGCUGGAGAGCUACGACCACUGCCUGUACACCCUGCUGUCAGGGCUGCAGGAGAAGCCAGAGCAGAGGGAUGGGCUCUUCACCAAGCUAGUACUGGAAGCUCCCAUAAUCACAGAAUCGGCCUUAGAAGUGAUCAGGCGUUACUGUGAGGAUGAGUCUAGGGUGUACCUUGGCAUGACCACCCUCAAGGAGCUGAUCGUCAAGCGUCCCUCCAGACAGUUCCAGUAUCUCCACGUGCUACUGGACCUCAGUUCACACGAAAAGGAGAAGGUGCGCUCUAACGCCCUGGCCUUCAUCAAGAGGAUGUAUGAGAAGGACCAGCUCCGAGACUACAUCGAGAAGUUUGCCCUGAACUAUAUGCAGCUCCUCGUCCAUCCCAACCCCCCCUCCUUACUCUUUGGGGCCGACAAGGACACAGAGGUAGCUUCCCCCUGGACUGAAGACACCGUGAGACAGUGUCUGUACCUGUAUCUCUCUCUCCUGCCUCUCAACCACCGCCUGGUCCACGAGCUAGCGUCAGUCUACACAGAGGCCAUCGCUGACAUCAAGCGCAGUGUGCUGCGCGUGGUGGAACAGCCGAUCCGCGGGAUGGGUAUGAACUCUCCAGACCUGCUGCUGCUGGUGGAAAACUGCCCCAAAGGAGCUGAGACGCUGGUCACACGCUGUCUGCACAUUCUGACGGAUAAAGUGCCCCCAUCUCCAGAGCUGGUGGAGAGAGUCAGGGACCUGUACCACAAACGGGUACCAGAUGUUCGCUUCCUGAUCCCAGUCAUAAACGGCCUGGAAAAGAAAGAAGUGAUCCAGGCCCUUCCUAAACUGAUCAAGUUGAACCCCAUCGUGGUGAAGGAGGUCUUCAAUCGUCUGCUUGGAACACAGCACAGCGAGGGCAGCUCCUCCAUGUCUCCUCUUACCCCCGGGGAACUCCUCAUCGCUUUGCACAACAUCGACUCAACCAAGUGUGACAUGAAGUCCAUCAUCAAAGCCACCAACCUGUGCUUCGGGGAGAAGAACGUGUACACGUCGGAGGUGCUGGCGGUGGUGAUGCAGCAGCUGAUGGAGCAGAGCCCUCUCCCCAUGCUGCUGAUGCGGACCGUCAUCCAGUCCCUCACCAUGUACCCUCGGCUGGGCGGCUUCGUCAUGAACAUCCUGUCACGCCUCAUCGUCAAGCAGGUGUGGAAGUAUCCCAAGGUGUGGGAGGGCUUUGUGAAGUGCUGCCAGAGGACCAAGCCACAGUCCUUCAGUGUGCUGCUCCAGCUGCCCCCGCUGCAGCUCUCCAGCGUGUUCGAGCGCUGCCCAGAGAUGAGGGACCCUCUCCUGCAGCACGUCCACUCCUUCACCCCCCAUCAGCAAGCCCACAUCCCUGCAUCUGUGAUGGCUGUGCUGGAGUUCAACAUCAAGAAGCCAGAACCAGAGCCUGUGGAGCCUGCUGUGGAGAAGGAGAUGGAGCUAGCCACAGUUGUGGCUGUAGUUAGGCCUGAACCUCCUCUGGAACCACUGAAGGAACCUGAACCCGUGGUACAGCAAAGGGCGCCAAAGCCCAAGGAAGAAGAGGAGCCGAUGGAAAUAGGGCAGCCAGAGCAAGCCGUUCAACCGGAGAACACAGGCAGUACCUCUCAAGUACAACAGGUGGAGUUACCAGUGGUAGAAGAACGCUGUGUAUCAUCAGGCCCUGUAGAGGCAGUGGAGGAACCGAUGGAGGCGCUAACUGAGCCCUCCCCAGAAGUUAGCGAUACGUCUAAAGAUGUCACAGACGACAGGACCACAGAACCUGAAUCUGACAGUCGGACAGAAGAUGUUGAAUGAUUCAGAUAAAACAAAAACGGAUACUAAAGAAUUAAGUGCGACAAUGUAUUUUCGAAAAUAGACGUUGUUUAGUUGGUUUAAGCCUAGGUUACAUGUUUUUGUCUGGAAAAUGUCUUGGAAAUGUCUUCUUGCCAUGAUGAAUAAAACUGUUUCUAAGAUUG